CCGGAUUAUCAGAACGCUUUCAACUAAUUUGCAAAAUGGGAGAUGGUGCAUUCUCCAAUGUGUACAAAGCUCGCUAUCGUAAAAGCGGACAAAAGGUCGCCAUCAAAGUUGUGCGGAAGUACGAGCUGAAUAGCAAUCAGAGAGCAAACGUGUUAAAAGAAGUACAAAUUAUGCGCACCUUGAAGCACGAUGGGAUCGUCAAAUUGUUGGAAUUCUCCGAAUCAAGAGAUCACUACUAUCUCGUAUUGGAGUUACUAGAGGGCGGUGAACUGUUCCAUCAGAUCGUUAAGUUGACAUACUUUAGCGAGGCCUUGGCAAGACAUGUGAUUUUGCAGGUGGCAAACGGUAUUCGGUACCUACAUGAAGAGCGCGGAAUCGUUCACAGAGAUAUCAAGCCAGAGAAUCUACUCUUCGAAUCAAUCAAGAUCAUUCCCUCCAAAAUAGAUAAAGCAAGACCUUAUGACGAAGAUAAAGAAGAUGAAGGAGAAUUCAUGCCCGACAUCGGCGGUGGUGGAAUUGGUAAAGUCAAGAUUGCCGAUUUUGGAUUGAGCAAAGUCGUUUGGGAAGAAAGUACAAUGACACCUUGUGGUACGGUUGGAUAUACUGCACCAGAAAUCGUUAAAGAUGAAAGGUAUUCCAAAUCGGUCGAUAUGUGGGCACUAGGAUGUGUGCUAUAUACACUCUUGUGUGGUUUCCCACCUUUUUACGAUGAGAGUAUAUCUGUCUUAACGGAAAAGGUCGCAAAAGGAUACUACACCUUCCUCAGUCCUUGGUGGGAUGACAUUUCUGGUUCGGCAAAAGAUUUGAUCACACAUUUGCUAUGUGUUGAUACUUCCAAACGGUUCACCAUUGAUGAAUUCUUGGCGCAUCCGUGGUGCACUGUCAAAGAUCCCGUUCCUGAUCUCAAUUCAGCCGAUAUUGCACUGGCAAAAGCAAGUGAAAUGCCACUUGAUAGUCCUCUACUACAAAGUAUGAAGAAGGGCAAUAGUGCAAGACAGGCGAUGAUGAGUCCAGGUAUCAAUCAAUUAAAGGAAGCAUUCGAUGUGACAUAUGCCGUUCAUCGUAUGGAGGAAGAAGGUGCACAUAGACGAGGUGCUGGCGGACAAGAGAAUUUGAGAGGAAUCGCUCUGAAUGAAGAUGAUGAAGACGAAGAGGAUGUUGAACAAAUUCAAUCUGCUGCAAGGAAACGCGGUGAAACAGUUUCGCCUCCAAGAAGUGAAAGAGAAUAUCAUCAACAGCAACAGCAGAGACAUCAACAGAGUUCAUCUACUUCUUCUUCCAAUUCAUCAUCCGCUCAACAACAACAAACUGCUGCUCAACAGUAUCCCGGUCGCGGUGGCGCUGAUAGAAAGAUGGCCGAAGCUGCACUUUACGAUGGAAGGGCUGGCACCCGUGAUCGCGGCUCAGCGGCUCGUAACAAGAAACAAUUUGAAUUGAAUAUGGGUAAUGCCACCCUAUUAGGAAGAAGAAAUCGUGGAAAUCCAGAUGGAAGUAUUGAACAAAUGCUGGAUCAUGGAAAUUCUCAUCCGACAAAUUUUGUUCCCGGUAGUCCGAUGCGAGUUGAUUAGAAAAAUUACAACAGCUUUUUCUUUCAUCUUUCGUUCUCGAAAUUAAUCUGUAUUUUUGCCUCAUUUUAUCUAUCUAUCAUAUAUGGAUCCUCGUAAUUUUAUCAUCAAUCAUCAGACCUUUAUUACGUAUUUUUACAGACAGCGUACUUUGCAAAUAAUACAUCAUUUGUUCCACA